AUGACCUGGCAGUACUUCAUGGAAGCAAAGUCCUUCAACAGCUUAUUGCCCACAUCAUGCCACUUCUUGCAGUACUUGGUGAAGGCCUUCUUCUUGGACUUAUUGAUAUCCUCAUAUCUCUCUCUCUCUGACAGGGAGGCGGUGAACAUCCCAGUUUUUGCCAACGGGAACAUUCAGCACUUGAGUGAUGUAAAGCGUUGCAUGGAAGAAACGGGGGUCCAUGGAGUCAUGAGUGCAGAGGGGAAUCUGCAUAACCCAGCCUUGUUUGAGGGCCGGAGCCCCCCGGUCUGGGAAAUGGCGGAAGAGUAUCUUGAGGUGGUCCAGAAACACACCCCUUGCUCCUUGUCCUUCGUCAGGGCUCACCUCUUUAAGCUCUGGCACCACACGCUGCAGAUCCAUCAGGACUUGAGGGAGGACUUGGCCAAAGUCAAAAACCUCGAGAGCUUAGCAAACGUCAGCCUACAGCUCAAGCUACGCUGCCAGGAGGAAAUAGCUAAAGGUGUGGGAGACCCAAACGCUUCUGGAGGGCUGCCUCUUCCCCACUGGCUCUGCCAGCCGUACGUCCGACCCCUGCCAAGAGAGCCAGGGAGUGAAAACACGCAGAAGGACUCUGAGGUCAAGAGGGCAAAGAGAGCUCUGGAGGAAACAGACAGUGCUACAGAUACCCUGUCCAAAAACAAGCAGAAGAAGCAGGCCCGUAACCCCCACAAGAACUUCUGUGCCGAGCUGAAACCAAAGUACAUCAAGUGUGAGCAGUGUGGCAACCCUAAAGGAAAUAAGUGCGUCUUCAACUUGUGCCGGGGCUGUUGUAAGAAGGCAGCCUUUAAGGAGGUGGCAGACUGCCCAGGGCAUGGCCUGAAGUUCAAGACUAAGGCGCUGAAGGCUGCCGAGUUGGAGAGCAGACAGAUCAACGGGAUCCAGACGGAGCUCCCCCCUGCCCCACCCGACCAGCCGGUCGCCCAGGCGGUGGCUUAACACCCAAGGCCUACCACUGCCACCACAGUGAGACGAGUCAAUGGUGCUAUAGACGGAAAACCAUAUAAAUCCAACUGAGAUUAUUUAACUCUAUUUAAACGGGACUACAUCCACUUCAGUGCUAACUCUCCCUCAGAAAAGUGUUCUCAGCUGCUGUGUAGUGUCCACGGGCAGGCUGGAGUCUUCACCCGCUUGUGCCCGAUGGCCUCAUCCCCUCCCGCCAGAGACUGAGAAACCGGGUCAAAGGCCUCUUGAGAACCACUGUGUGGAUUUUCUGAUUUUCUGUGUUUUCUAAAGCUUUUUGCCUGAGGACCACAUGCAGCUUUUAUCGUGGACAUGGAAAAAAUGAGUUUCAUUCAGUUGUUUUCAUUGUUUUGACAUUUGUAUGCCAUAGUUGUACCAAAGCAAAACCGUGUGAAAGGUCUGGGUCUUAUCUAACAAAGGUGCAUUUUCAUCAAUUUUUAGAACAAUUGAUGGGCUGUGUAACUGCUGACUGUUAGGCUGACUGUCCCCCUAAAAGGGAGCUAUUUGCAUACAUGCCACAAGGUACUUAGGUAGAUGAGUAGGAGAUGUGCAGUCUUGAAAUAAGCAAAUAAGAAAAACAGCAUAUGCCUCAAAUCCCUAGACCUGGAGUAAAUGCACAUUCAAAAUAGCCAUUAACAUUUGUCAUUUGAAAGGAUAUGUUCAAUUUCAAAGCUUUUGGGGGUUUUGGCCCUUCAAAUCAACCUUGUCAGAAGUAUAAUUAUAUUCACAGAAACCAGUUUAGUUCAAUGUAAAGAGAACAGGGUCCGGUUCACCCUUUUGCCACAGUUGUCAUUAGUUAACCGCCAAGUGAUGAGAGUAACUGGUGAGUCCUGGCACAACAGCCCAGCACUGACCCGUUUCCUGAGGUGUGGUGUGAUCGGUGACACGCAUGAAGCAAAACAUUGCUGAACAGUGAGUGGAGGUGCCUUCAGACUUCUGUGGUACAAGAGGCCCGCUCAUGCUGCUGUUCAUUUUUUUUUCCCCCCAACAGUUAAAAGUUUCCCAAACUACAUGGACAAAUUGUGUGUGUGUGUUAUAUUUUUUUCCUGUGUUUUACGAGAAUUCUUUUGGGAGAUAUGAACUGGUGUCUAUCCUGUGGAGAUAAAAAAUCAGAUGUGGUCAUUUUCAGGGCAACAGGUCAUAAAUGUUUUGCCUGUGCGUAGAAGCUUUAUUUUAAUAAAAAUAAAAAAAAUGGAAACAAAA